AUGCUCGAGGAUCCCUCUUACAACUCGGUAGUACGAUGGAGUCCCGAAGGCGACAGUUUUGUGGUGUUGGAGAAAUUCACGAAAACAAUCCUCCCCAAACAUUUCAAACACAGCAACUUUGCGAGUUUCGUGCGCCAACUAAACAAGUACGACUUCCACAAAGUUAGGCACAACGAAGAGAGUGGCGAGGCGCCAUAUGGCCGGGAUGCCUGGGAAUUCAAGCAUCCCGAGUUUCGGGCAGACAGAAAAGACCAACUGGACAACAUCCGGAGGAAAGCGCCGGCUCCCCGAAAACCACCUCCAACAGAAGAUGCGUUCCCAGCAUCGCAGCAGAUCGUGGUCCUUAGCGAAUCCCUGAAUGCCACCAAUGUUCAGAUACAAACCUUGCAAGAGCAGUACCUUGAACUCGAUCGCACGAACCGGCUGCUCGUCGCCGAGGUUCUGAGUUUGCAAAAGAUGCUCCGCGCCCAAAGCCAGGCGUCCAACGAGCUGAUAUCACACCUCAACAACAUGGAGGACAGACGGCGCAACAGCCGCCAUUCAGCCCAGUCUUCUCACUCGAGCCACUCCGGCACCAACUAUCACCAGGGAACCUUGGGACUGUUGCCAGACGGGACCGACGAGCCAGCUCCGGAACUGCGACGUGCGCGCGAGAUCCUUAACGGGGUAUCUCCCGACUCUCAGGCCGACCGCGAACUCGAAAGGUUGUCCAUGGCCUACCACCAAAACGGCUCCCCGGCCGAGAGCGCAGGUUCCUCCGUCAUGUUCACCCACGCCGGUCCCCAGACCUCGAUGAACGUUGUGCACGAUCCCUUCAGCGAUCCAAGACAUCUUGUGUAUCCUGUGGGCCAAACACAGGGUAUCGAUCCAUUCCACGCCGACCACAUCCACAAUAUCCCAUACAGCCGACCGCUCAGUAACCCUAAUGUGAUGACCGAGGCGCCAUCGCAAAUCUCACCUCCACCGGGCAAGGAGCAAAACGGCUCACUGUGGAGAGGAAAGAAGCCGCAGAUUUUGUUGGUAGAGGACGACAAGACGUGCGCAAGGAUCGGGUCCAAGUUCCUGACGAAUAUGGAUUGUAGUGUAGAGACUGCUCGUGACGGCCUCGAGGCUGUCGAAAAGAUUAACACGGAUGCUGACCGGUUCGACCUCGUCUUUAUGGACAUCAUCAUGCCCAACCUAGACGGCGUUUCCGCCACGGCCAUGAUCCGGAUGGUGACGCCGCAAAUCCCCAUCAUCGCCAUGACAUCCAACAUUCGACAAGAAGAUAUCCAGACCUAUUUCCAGUUCGGAAUGAACGACGUCCUAGCCAAGCCCUUCACAAGAGAUGGCAUGGUCCGCAUCCUCAAAAAGCACCUCACCCGCAUGCUCAAAGACCCCCAAUCGGCCGGCGUGCUCAACGAUCCUAACGACCCCACCUCGGCCGGCAACGGCGGAGGAGGGCAGCAAACCGCCGGCGGCCCGGGACCCCCGACAGGCGGCUACGCCAACGCCAACAUGGCAGCCUCGAUGCAAGCUGCCAUCAACCAGGCUGCCCAGGUCCAGGUCAAGUACGAGCAGACGCCCAUACCGUCUCCUUCGACGACCGCGUCGUGGCACUCCCCCGGCACGACCAUGCAGCAGGUUCAACAUCAGCAGGUCCAGCAGCAGCAGCAGCAUGCUAGCCCCCGGCUGGAUCAAGGCGGGUAUAUGAACGCUGUUGGGAGCGGGCAAGGGGUGGGCGGGAUGGUGCUGACCCCGGGGGGUUCGCAGAGGGGGCCGGGGCCGGGACAGCAGCAGCAGCAGCAGUAUGCGGGGUACAUGCAGGCUGGGCCAGGGCCGGUGACGAGACUGCCCGAGAUGGGAGGGAUGGGAGGAGGUGCGGGGGAUGAUCGGCCGGAGAAGAGGCAGAGGUUGUAUGGCCCUGGUCAAGGGGGGUAUGUUGGGUAA